UAUCAAGAUGGCGGCCGUAGCACGAGGCCGUGGUCGAGGUAGAGGUGGAUUUGGAAUACCAAACCCAGGCAAACCGGGAGAAAAAGCUGACCAACAGACAGAUAUUUCAUCAGAAAAUUCGUCUAAUGAAUUUGAUUUGACGAGGGUGCUGAACGAUCUAAGAGAAAACAAUUUGGACACACAAGUUGAGAAAAUUUCACAACAUAUCACACAAUCUAGUUCUUCGACGAAACUCAAGGACGUCGUUGAUCUGUUAAUUCAGCAGACGAUCAAGAAGAGCUAUUUUGCACCUCUAGCUGCCAGAGCUGCCAACAAGCUUUGCUCUGAUGAAUCAUUUGGAAACGCAUUUAGAGGCGAUCUAAUGAAAACUACUCAAGAAAAAUAUAAGAAGAGAGAAAGUAUUCGUGCAAACUCCACUAGCGAAUGGAUCGGGCUAGCGUGUUUUAUUUGCGAACUUUUUCAUCACCUUCGUACCGGCGACUCCCCGAUAAGAGUCCUAGCAGCAGCGGUGCACCAGACAAUGAGCGAACUACUAUCAAGUGAAGGACAGACCAGCAAUACUGAUGAGGAGCUCGAAGGAGAUGAAAUAGAUUGUUUUUAUGAUAAUUUUAAAGCUGUAGGAUCUCUAUUAGAAACCGUUAAUAAGGAGAAAGUGGAAGAACUCUUGGGAAGAAUGAGGGACACCAUACUUGCUGAUGACUCAUCUGCCAAGACAAGAUGUCUGUUAUUGGAAUUGCUUGAGCUCCAUGCGGGACAUUGGGCCAUUCCUUCCAAAGUAGAGGACUAUUUUAGUGAUAAGCUAGCAGAUAUCAUGGCCAGUGAAUCAUGAUAUUAUUUAAAACUUUUGAAAUUUGGCUUUCACUUUGAGAGAAUCACAAAUCUGCAGGAGAUACAGAGAAAUUAAAUUGAAUUUUUUAUUUCAAACAAUACAAUGUGUUUGCUUUGUUUAAGAAAUAAUAUUUGAUUUUGUUCACCAGUGUUUCAAAAUCUUAGAGAGAAACUUUACUGCAUGUGUGAACCAACGUUUGCAAAUGAUAAUAUAUGAUUUUGUGACCACAACACUUUGUCCCUGAUUUUAUAUCACCGAGCAGUCAAUAAACAUUAUUCUUCAAUUUA